UCCGGAAGCGGAAGUGGCGGCGCGGGUCCCGGCGGCGUUGCCGGGCGGAGGCGCGGGCCCACGGCGGCUGCGUCCCGUCGCUAUGAGCGCGGCCGGGCUGGUGUCCGCCACGCCGCCCGCCCCUGCCCCGCCUGGGGCGCCCGCCGCCGCCGCUGCCAUGCCCCCCGGCCCCGAGUACUACGAGGAGGAGGAGCUGGAGAGCGCCGAGGAGGAAGACGGCGAGCGGAGCGCUCGGGCCCGGGACUCCGAUGAGGACACUGAGGAUGCCAGUGAAACUGACCUGGCAAAACAUGAGGAAGAGGACUUUGUAGAAAUGAAAGAACAGAUGUAUCAGGACAAACUGGCGUCUCUGAAGAGGCAAUUACAGCAGUUGCAGGAAGGUACUCUUCAGGAAUAUCAGAAAAGAAUGAAAAAGUUGGACCAGCAGUAUAAAGAAAGGAUACGGAAUGCAGAACUGUUCCUCCAGCUGGAAACAGAUCAGGUGGAAAAAAAUUAUGUCAAGGAAAAGAAGGCAGCAGCAAAGGAGUUUGAAGAUAAGAAAAUUGAGCUUAAGGAAAAUUUGAUUGCAGAGUUGGAAGAGAAAAAGAAGAUGAUUGAGAAUGAAAAGCUAACCAUGGAAUUAACAGGAGAUUCAAUGGAAGUGAAGCCUAUUAUGACAAGGAAACUGAGGAGGCGACCAAAUGAUCCAGUUCCGAUCCCAGACAAGAGGAGGAAACCUGCCCCUGCUCAGCUAAAUUAUUUGUUGACUGAUGAGCAAAUAAUGGAGGACCUGAGAACACUGAAUAAGCUUAAAUCACCCAAGAGACCAGCCUCUCCCUCCUCUCCCGAACACCUCCCAGCUACACCAGCAGAGUCUCCAGCACAGCGGUUUGAAGCCCGGAUAGAAGAUGGAAAACUCUACUAUGAUAAGAGAUGGUACCACAAGAGCCAGGCUAUUUACCUGGAGUCUAAAGAGAACACUAAGAUCAGCUGUGUGAUCAGUUCUGUGGGUGCCAAUGAGAUCUGGGUGAGGAAAACCAGUGACAGCACAAAGAUGAGAAUCUAUCUGGGACAGCUGCAGCGAGGUGUUUUUGUGAUUCGUCGACGAUCAGCUGCAUGACUGUAUGCUCUUCCUUGGGCUCUUUUUUUUUCCUUUUUUUUUUUUUUAACCAAUAGAUAAACCUCUGAUGGGGAAUGGCAGUCUGUUCACUCAUCUUAGCAGCAGAGAACACUGCUAUGACCUCCUACGAGACAGUUUGUGGCUGGCCACAUAAUCCCCAGUAGUCCUUAAAUCUUUAGUGAUACCCAAGCCCUGCCCUGGACUAUUUCUGGAUUUUGCAUCAAGCUUCUGUAUGCUUUGUAUUUUGGGUGACUAUUUAAGAAGACUUGGCAUCAUACUUUUUCAUCGUUGUUUCAUGGUGCGUAGAUGGGACUCGUAUGUUGAAAACAACGUAACAUUUAUGUUUUGAAUCAGACCAAUGGAAGAAGCUUUGCUUGUCAAGACCUGACAUUAUUCAUUGUUCUUGGUUUUGUUUUCCUGCAAGGCUCGGGAUGUUGGGCAAAAGGAGAUUAACCUUGCCAGCGCUCAGGUGCAGCCCAGAGAUGCGUCUGCAAUACCUGGUAUAUGACAUCAGCUUUGUUGGAUGAACUGUUUAAAGACUUGAGCGCUAAGGCUUCUCUUUAGGGAAGUGUGAACAGCUUAGAAAUUGCUGAAAAUCCAGUUGACUGUAAUGUAGUUAAGCAGUCUGUUGUGGUUAAUCAGAAGCUGCCGGUUCUCUUCACAUUAAAAAGCCCUUCAAUGAGCAAGCAAAGAGUACAUCUAUUUGCUGAAGUAAUUUCCUGAAAUAGGUGGAUGAGUACAAACCAAAGGAUUCGUUAACUGGACUUUGCAGGUAGCAAGACUAUGUGAACUAUAUGUAUAAGCGCUCACACGUGUAGAGAGAUGAAAGGUAAAUUUCAUUUUCUUUACUGACACUUAGAGUAACAGGUCAUGCUGUAAUCCUGCUGACAGGAGAUACUGGGUCUGUUGUAUCUUCCAAAGAAGCCUGGUACAGAGUAGAAAGCAGCAAUGACAUCCUUUUAGUGUGUAGCCAAAACCUUCAUUCCCUAAAAUGUCAUGCAAAGGUUUGCCUUUGAAGGGUGUUUUAAUUACUGGAGAUAACACCGGGUUUCUACAUCUGCCCUCCAAUAGCACAAGUGAAGAUGCUCACGUGGUGAUAUUAAUACAUUCCCUUCCAAGAUGUUUAAAAUCUGAGUCUGGCGUUCCUUCAUUAUUCCCAGUCUUUUGCUGAUGGCUGAAACCACCGAUACCAUGUGUGACUGCACUGGCAGGAACUACGCAGUGCACUGGCAAUGCUGUCAGAUCUUUGCCUUCUGUGCAAAAGAACUUUGUGCUCUUUUUGAUUACUGGACGAAAAAUUGUUGUAAUUUCUGCCUUUAUGAAUAUCUGUCACUCUGAGGCAUCGUUUGUUUUUGCUUUUGAACUGCCGCCUUGUUCAGCAUCAGUCUAGCCUUUCUUUCGUAUCUGGAUAAAUGGAGUAUUUUAAAUUACUGUUUCUAUUUCUUUUCCUUACUUGCAGUUGGGUGGCAAUCGUAUCCCAGUAACUGGUGUACGUACCUGGAUCUAGAGUGGAGUGUUAUGGCUGAGUUUCUGAUGUGUUGCCUUUGUGGCCGAGAUACUUUACCUGUUUUUACUGUGUUUAGAGUUUCAACUGGUUCUGGAGCCUUGGCGAGGAAAGGAGGGGGUGUCUGUUUCCCACCCCUUGAAAAUGUGCCAUCUUCGCACGUUGCAGUCAGGUGGAAAGCAGCAGGCUGGAUUGUGUCAAGUUAACAGCAUACUUAAUGUAACUUAGCAUUCUCUGCACAUGUGACAGGUUUUUAAUAAGGUGAUGAUGUACCAAACAGGAUUUGUCACUGAGCCUUAAAAUGAACAUCGUAGUUCUUAUAAUAAAAAGUGCUAAGUAAAUAGCAGGAUUUGUUUCCUACCUAUAUCAUUUUAUCAAUAUAUAUGUUUGUGGAAAUAGCUGGGAGCUUUGGUUCAAUUUUGGGGAGAUAUCUUGCCAACCUGCUAACAGCAGGUGAUCUCUCCGCUGCUGUGAUGUUGUCUCUUCUGGGGUAAUUUUAAAGGUAUUGGUAGAAGUGUGGAAGUGCAGCAGCCCUCUGAGAGGCAGGCAUGGUAUAGGUGUGCAUUGUGUAAGCUUAAAUUAUGUAGCAUUGACACAACAUCUUAAUCUGAAUCAACAACAUCUGCUCACCAUCCCUGUUCUUUGGCAGAAUUGGGGAAAGAAUAGCUCUCUCGCAGCCAAAAGCCUGUCUUUCCAUCAGCGGUGGUCUUUUGUUGCGGGGGGGCGAGGGGGGUGUGAUGGCGUGGGACACACAUCUAGUUCACACCCUGAUGAGAAUUUGAAUAGUCUUCUGGAAGCAAAUACCUGUGGGACUGUUCCACUGUCUCCCUCUUCUGUAACCCCACUGCGGACACUCUGCGGUGCUGAGAAAUGGACCGUUACAAGGAGUCACCUUGUGUUGUUGCAGGUAAUGGAGGGGCGUAGCCUCGGACUGCAGGCCGUAGUGGGAGGAAAGAAGCUACGAAGGGAUGAGGACAGUGAGCAGUCAGGGGGAGGGCGUUUUCGUGUACGUAGUAUUGACUGGGGAGAUGGGUUACACAAGCUGGUCCUGACCAGGGGCAGAGCUUCAGCGUGGAAGUUGUCAAAGCUUGAUCUCAAACGCUUACUCUACUCUUUCACGCCGAUCUUGGAUCUCCGGGAAGGAUGUAUGAGGUUUGUACAGCUCCUUUCUGUCAGAGUUCCUUGCCCAUUGCCAGUCCCCAGUGCCCCUGGAUCAAACUUUUCACUAUAAUUUCUGCUUUUGAGAGUCCUAAGUGUGGGCUUGUAGCCCUCUGCUCAAAUUUAAGUGCUACACUGAAGGUAUUUUUGUUUUAAGGUUACUUCAUCCUUAGUUUCUUAAUUUUAAUGAAAUGAAAGUCUUUUGCCUUAGUUGAUCACCAUAAAAAGUAGAUCUGUCUCCUCUAACAAAGCAUAUGAAUAUUGUAUCAUGUUUUUUCAAGCGGGCUGUUCUGUAAUGGCCUGUGCCAUUUACAAGGCUGGAAAUGAUAAAAAUGCAGUGCCUUAUUGUGCGCUGAGGGAAGCAGUACAUUUUUAAUCCUAGGAUGCUCAAAAUGUGUUGUGGCAAGGAUGAGGCAUGUGGAGAUCAAGAGUAUAGACAUCAGCUGUGGAAAUGAAGAUUUCCUGCUGCUGGUUGGAAGAAGAAACAAGUUACUCGAGAUGGACAAGGUCUUGCGUAAAUUCUAAAAGAAAAUUGGCUUUUCUAUCUGCUAUUUGCCUGGCUGACAUCAGUCUUUUGAAGAAUUCGAACCCUCAGUGAACAGAAAUGGCUUUGCUACAGUUAUGAAAAGACUUAAUCCUCAUUACGAACAGCAUUUAAAGGAGAUUGAAGAAAUAGUUUUAACUCCUUAUAGUAAUUUUAAAGAAAGGUGAACUUUCUGCCAAAAAUAGGCUUUUAUUGAGGGUUAAAUUAUACUUGGCUGUUGACUCAUAUUGAACAGUUUUGUUGUGCUUUUCCCCCUGAGAAGCGGGCUGUGAUGUUGAUCAAGUGCAAAAUAAAAAGGCUCCCACCCACCCCCCCCCACGCCCCGUUAGAUGUUCAAAUGGUCGGGAAGGCAAACCAGUGAACUGACUGCCAGUGGCUUUUUGACAUCAUGCUCACCGAAAGGUUUCAAAGGAGGCUUUUUCCUGGGACGAAUGCUAAUGAAAGGAAUUAUCUUUUUUUAGCUCGUGGGCUUUGUCUGGAAUUUUGUAAAGAGACAAAGCGAUUUAAUGACAGAAGUCUUGUUUGCAAUUUUUUUGUACAUUUCAGGGGAACUUGCGAAAAUAAAGCCUAAAAGAGCAAGAAAUGAAUGUGACCCUUGUGAGUAACUGAGGUUCUUCCUCUUUCAGAAAAAGAAAAAUUAAAACACCUUUUGGGUUCUUGUUCCACAGAAACAAAUAGCAAAUGCUAAACGAUUAAGAAAAUCUGAAUGCAUGUCUGAGGUUUGCUGGUACCAGUUUUAGUUUGUCCAACUCUAAACCUAAAGUUUAAUAUAAUUUGGAGUAUUUUGAAAACAAAAGAAUAUUUCCAUUUUUGUAUGAUCCCGUUUUCACUGAAACUUCGUUUCAUACAGUUAAAGAAUUCCACUAUUUUAAUGUUUUGCUGAAGUUGGGAAACACCUUUAACACUUACUGUCAGCUCAAACUUUUGAGAUGCCGAUAUAUCUUGUAAUACUUUAAGUACCUAUUUCUUUACAAUGGAGCAAAUGCUGCUAUUUAGAUUCCUUUUGAUGCAAGAAUGCUUUUCUGGAAAAUAUUUCAGUUUAGUUAAUAAAUAUGUGUAAAAGAA